AUGAAGAACGUCGUCGCACUUGUUCUUGCUAUGAUCCUCUUCUCAAGCUGUGUCACAACUAAAGUCACAGCAAGAGAACUGGAGUCAACUUCAUCAUUACGUAACGAAGAGCUCCAAACGUGGCAUCACUACCCUCGCUUUCACCCUAGGCCACAUUGGCCGUUCCAUGUCCCCGGAAAAGCUUUCCCGCCGCUUCCUGCUCACCCAGUUCUGCCACCAGUAGUCACCCAAUGCUUGUCUGAUAGCAAGAAUGUAAGAACAUGUUUUGAGGACAUCUCUAAGACUUUCUUCACCCGUAAAGCCGCUAUUGGGUCGGAAUGUUGCGGGGCGAUCGAGAAGAUGAACGAAGAUUGUGAGACGACCGUCUUUGGAUCUUUCCAUAACCCUUUCUUCAACUGUUUUGUUAAGCUACAUUGCUCCACCAAAGUUGGAUCCUCUACUUCACCUGCUCCCUCGCCUGCUUUGGGAUUUUAA